UUCGGUCCUUACUCCUAGAUGUGCGAAGAGUGAUGUCGUGGUUCCGCUCGGCAGUUACCUCACGUACCUCGGAAGCUAGACAGGGGUGGAGCGGAAUUUGUGGGGUCAGCUUUCCGCUUGCUCGGCGCGUCAUCCAAGUACUUUCUUUGGUUGCUUGCCUGCAACUUCACUUUGCGCAGACUCAAGGCGCGACGUACGCGUCUCUUUUGCUCGAUCUCGCGAUAUUCUCUCCUCCGAAUAUGAUAAUACGGCGGUAGACCGACAUAUUCUCCUCCACAUCCUUCCACGAUGUCGGCCUCGUCGUCUGCGCAGGCGCUGGAAUACUUGGAGGGCCUGCCUAUUGCUACGCAUAAGAGGCUAUAUGAGCAGCCCUCGACUGUGUUGGCGGUGUACCGCUGCAUGCUGCCGCAUCUUGCCAAAUCUAUAGUCAUGGCAAUGCUCUACAGACCCUCGUCCUUCCCCGUAGCCGACCUCGACGCAUGGUUCAAGCCCUCCGCCCGCAGAGAGAAGGAACAAGCCGUCUUUACUCUCGAACGCCUGCACGUUAUCGCCCAAGUGAAACAAGAUGACGGCACUAUGGCAUGGACAAUCAGCACAGGUUUCCAGAAGAGCCUACGAAACGCCCUCGAGGGCUCUGGUACGCACCGCUCGUUUGGUGUCCCAGCAACUAGAGAAGAGAGUGGCGGAAAGCGAUUGAGCGUAGAUUUCCUGGACGAAUAUUCGAGAUCUCAGUGGGAGGGUAUAUUGUACUAUCUGGUUAGCGGUGCGGCUGGACUCAGCAAGGACAGUAUCUCGCGAGCCGAGGUCGGUCCUGGAACAAAGAAGCUGCUCCAUACUGGUGAUCUUGUGAGGACUAUACAUGGGAGUCCGAGGAUCACGAAGGAUGGUUUCUCAUUUGUGCUGCAAGAGACGAAUGCACAGGUCUGGAGUUUAUUGAUCGUGUAUCUGAAGAUGACGAACGAACUCGGCAUGUCCGAAACCGAAGUCCUGUCCUUCCUCUUCAUGCUCGGCUCCCUUGAACUAGGCCAAGAUUACUCCACAUCCACACUCUCACCUACACAAGCCCAAAUGCUCGAAGAUCUGUCCUCAAUGGGCCUCAUCUACCGCUCCGACAAGAACGCACGAACCUUCUACCCAACCCGCCUCGCCACAACCCUAACCUCCGACUCCGGCAGCGCCAUGUCCGCCUCCUCCAACGACAUUGCACAAGCCAACCAAGGCAACGCAGGUCCCUCGGCCGCCGCAAACAAGGGCUUCAUCAUCAUCGAAACAAACUACCGCCUCUACGCCUACACAAACAGUCUGAUCCAAAUUGCCAUUCUGAGCUUAUUUACCAAACUCCAACACCGCUUUCCCAAUCUCGUCUCGGGUAAGUUGACAAAGGAAUCUGUUCACAAGGCUGUACAGUCGGGUAUCACUUCUUCGCAAAUCAUCUCCUAUUUAACUACGUAUGCGCAUCCCCAGAUGCAGAAGACGGUUCCGUAUAUCCCGCCUACGGUCAUGGAUCAGAUUCGGCUGUGGGAAUAUGAAGGCGAGAGAGUGGAGACGACCACGGGGUAUCUGAUGCGCGAGUUUGGUAGUGAUGCAGAGUAUAGGGAUGUUCUGGGUUAUGCGAGUGCGCUUGGGGUGUUGGUUUGGCAGAAUGAUGCUGGGAGGUGCUUUUUUGUGUCUCAUGUCGAACAGAUUAGUGCGUAUUUGAGGAAGAAGAAGGAGAGUAGGGAGAGUGCUAGGGCGGGGAGGUAGGGUGUGGAGGGGAUGAAAGGAUACAGGUGGGUGGGUAGGAGCAUUGACAUGGGGCGUUUAGAAGUAGCAGUUAUUGGCGUUGGGGGGUAAGUUGUCGAUUGACCGGCGUCUGGGGUUACACGUUAUGAAGUCGAGUGACACUGUGGGAGAGAUAUAUACCAUGAUAAGCA